AUGUUUCCCCAAAUAGGAAAGCGGUCAAAUCCACCAGAAGCCAUCAUAACUCUCGAACCACAUCCUUCUGCAUCAACACCGACAUUUGGUGCAUCUCCUGCCUAUACCUCAGACAGACCCCGUCGUCAUACUAUCACACGCCCAGACUCAGCUAUGGCUCUAUUGUCCGACACAUCCACUGACGAUGAAGACAUACAACAAGAAGCAUUCGACAGGAUAUCUGGCAUAUUGUCAAGCCUAAUCCAGGAGGCAAAUGAUGCGGUUAAUGGAAUAGAAAUCGAACGAGUCCAGAUGAUGAAUAGGACCAAAUCUACAGAUUCACAUAGUCGCUCGAGAUUACCGCGUCCGAAAAAGCCAUUUAAUCGGCCAUCGUACACCCAUUCUUCGUCUUCGUCUUCCUCAACAUAUUCUUCUUCUCCCUCAGCAACCCCAGAUACCUUUCUUUCCAGAUCACCCUCACCUUCCCAAUCUCGUCCACCUGCACCUCUCCUAGCUACAAAGCGCUCAAUCACCCCUCUCAAAAAAACCGCCACACAACCAAAACUGCAGGAUCCACUCCUGGAAUCGUUCAAGCGCCUUGAUUCCUCAAUGGCUCUGGUAGAGUCUCUCUCGCGUGACCUGGCCACGGACCCAGACGCUCAGCAGAGAUCUCCUAUCGAAAACAGACUGACGAUCCUUCUUCUACUACCGCUCCUUCAUAUUCCACAUGCAUUCCUUAACAUGAUCUUUGAUUUCCUCACAGUGACCGAAUCUGUUUCUUAUGAGCAUGUCCAAUCCUCUAGCUUUCCGGUAGUCAUAGUCUGGGGAUUUUUCAUUGCCUUGGCAAACAUCAUCAUGAACUGCGUUGUCGAGAAACCUCCAGUGAUAACCAAGACUCGCCGCCUGUCUCUUCCUGGCACUUACACCAGAACAAUUGUCGUACAAGACUACCAAACAAACACAUCUCCUCUCUUGGUCGUCCCAGACCGAGCAGCCACCAUUCAUUCCUCAGGAUCUCGUCGUAGACGGUCUACCCUCAGAGCUUCUCUAUACAGAAGACGACAACCACAUCACCAGCAUAACUAUGACAGUGCUCGCACACACACCAACACAGUACUCACACACAACCUCCUUGACGUGAACACAUCGGAAUCACCUGUGGAUUACAUGUUGCCUGGAAGCUUUCUAUUUCCUUCUACUACUGCUCGGCCAGUAUUGGCAAGACGAAAGUCAAUUUAAGAACCUUCAUUACCACACACACAAAUAUACACAUAUUUAUAUA